CAGGAGUUGAAAUGCACCUGUAUAACAUCCACCUGCCCUAGAGGUGACACAACCAUUAGGAGAGAGAAAGAGGGAGAGGUAGAGCUGACAACAGAAUAACACAACAACAAAGACCGCAUCUACAACAACAGCAAACAUCAGGGAUGGACCAAACCUUGUUCCUCCUCCUCGCUUUCUCAGGGCUGUCCAUCCUCCCCUCAUCCCUGCCUCAUCAGUUCCACUUUGUGAACUUGAGAAAGACCUGGACUGAAGCUCAGAGGUUCUGCAGACAGAACUACAUUGACCUGGCCACCAUAGAUGAGGACAUGGCAGAUAUGAAGAAGCUCAAUAACACAUUAUCAGCAGCUGGUUGGAUAGAAUCAGCCUGGAUAGGACUGUAUAACAACAUCUGGAGGUGGUCUCUGGGAAACUUAGAGUUAGAGGGGGAGGGGUUUUGGGAUGAUCAUCAUCCAAAUAAGUAUCCCAAUACCGGGUUCUGUGUGUAUAUGAUGCAAAAUGUGACUUGGCGUGUUGACAACUGUACCAGUCCAUGGCACUUUGUCUGCUAUAAUGAAACACCAGGGACAAAUAAGUACAUUGUAAUCGCUGAAGGUAAGACUUGGAAUGAGGCUCAGAGCUACUGUCGGGAGAAACACACAGACCUGGCCAGUGUGAGGAACAAAGCAGAGAUGGAGGCCAUAAUGACUAUCAUACUGAUCAAUGCCAACAAUCAAACAUACAGAGCGUGGAUUGGCCUGCAUAAUUCUCUUGGCGUCUGGAGGUGGUCCGACCAGAGUGGCUCCUCCUACAGCAACUGGGACUCAGGAGAGCCGAAUGGGGCAGGUGAGGGAAAGGAAGGAUAUUUCUGUGGAGAAGUAAUAUCGUCUGGAAAGUGGAACGAUAAAGGAUGUACUCACGAACAACCCUUUAUUUGCUACGAUGAUGAACUGGUCCUGGUCUCAGAGAACAAGACGUGGUCAGAUGCCCUGCAGCACUGCAGAGACCUGGACAUGGAGCUGGUGUCUGCCCACAACCAGACCAUCCAGCACUGGGUCCAACAGAAGGCCAAGAAGGCCUCCACUCCCUUCGUCUGGCUGGGCCUGAGGUACACCUGCACCCUGGACAUCUGGUUCUGGGUCAAUGGAGAAGGGUCCUGCUACCACAACUGGGCUGUCGGGGAGGGCUACAACCCCAUGAAGGAGCAGUGUGGGAACACGGGGGCCAUACAGAGAGACGGGGGACAGUGGGUCAGCAGGUCUGAGACUGAGAGAUUCAACUUCAUCUGCAGCAACAGUACUGAUUAUUAGAACCAGACCCUGUUCUCUGUAGACCAGCUGAACCCUAUAGCCCAGCACAUUGUCCCAGACCCUGCUCUCUGAACCAGCUGAACUCUGCAGUCCAGAAUGUUCCAGACAUUCUCACAUUUACAUUAUAUAAGGUGAUGGAUAAAGGAUAUUUUCAAUAAUAUUAUGUUUUUUUAUGAUCAUAUUUUGUUUGAAUAUUGUAACACACUUUUAAUGUUUCCAUAUUUAUGUAUUAUAUUACCUGUUGAUAAUAUCAAUAUCAUGCUGUUACUGUUUCCAUCUGAAUGUUUCUUAAAAACACGAAUAAUCAAAUAAAA